AGUUUCCCUUCGGGGAUCAAUAAAGUAUUUCUGAUUCUGAUUUACCAUUAUCUGUAAUUGCUACUUGUGUCCACAGUGGUUGCUGUUCAGCAAAAGUCGGCUGUUGAGAAUAGAAAAAGCUGCACUAAUAAUUUUGUUUUGAGCAAUGGGAAUACACAUAUACAAAGGCCUCUUCAUUCCAACUUCAAAGUCUCUUUAAGCACUGAUUGAUAACUCAGACCCUUUAUAGCUAUGUACUUCUUACCAUCUCAGUACUGAUACAGUCUAUGGUACUGACAGUGACUGACAAAAUGUCUGUUACUCUAUUUUUUUUUUUUUGUCGUACAAUUUCAUAUAAACCUAGAGAAAUUAAAAUGUGCUGUGUUUUUUCAGGCAAAAUGGAAACUAUGCAAAUUGGGCGGGAUCAUAAACUGUCCUCUAGUGGUAGAUGCCUUCAGGAAUUUUAAUUGGUCUUAAUUGCUCAAGCGUUCCUCCCAACCAGCACGUUCCCCCAGAGCAGAGAGGUCAGAGCAGCUGCACUACGGACAAGACAAAAAGACUGGGUACAAUGGAAGUAAAGGUGUUGGUGGACGGUAUCCCACGCGUGGUCUGUGGCAUUACAGAGGCAACAACAUGCCAAGAAGUGGUCAUAGCGUUGGCUCAAGCCCUGGGUCAACCAGGACGCUACACGUUACAGGAGAAAUUUAAAGACUUUGAGCGGUGCAUGGCGCCUAAUGAAUGCCUUCUGGAGACUCUUAAGAAGUACAGUGAACAGGCCAGGGAGGUCCAACUCACACUGCUCCACAACGGACCCUCAGUCUGGGAUGAAAUGAGCAGGACGAAAGUUGGCAGAUACCAACCCUGCCCGCCACUGAGAAGAAAAGACGCAGGCACCAGGAUGCGGCGGGGCAGUGGUUCACUAAGUUUGCAUCGUCAAAGCUUGCCGCCAUUGUCCUGUUUAGGACAAGAGGCUGAGCAGCAAAAAGAGGAACUGAAAACGCCUAAAAGAAAGUCUCUGACGCUCAUGGAGGAGGCUUGGGAAUGGCUGGAGAGUCUGGGUAAAGGCAAGGUCUAUAGUACUGCCUGUGAUAAGGAAAGCAGCAAGAGGACAGAUAAAAGGAAUCGGACCUCUUUGGAUGUUCCUCUCACUGUUGAGAAAGAAAACUCAGGUCAAAGUAGUAGGAGCAAAUUCAGAGGUCAGAAAAGUUUAAAGUCAGACUUGGAUCAUCAAACAUCCUGCUGCAUGGGAAGUCAGACAAAGGGUAAAGAAAGCAAACACUCCAAAAAAACUCAAGAGGCAAAAUCUGAUUACCUGUCCAGUUCAGGCUGUGCUACAACUGAAGAUGAGAAAAAUAGCUUAAGAGAAACCAUAAUAUGUCAACUCAGUCGUUUGCAAGACAUACAGGUCCAGAUAGCACGCACAGACAAACAGAUAUUUGAGCUUGAGGACAGACAGAGGGCCAAAAAAGCUGAGCAGGAAGCCCAGCAGAGAAUGGUUGAAGAAGAGAUGGAGCAGAUCAAGUUUUGGGAGAAUGAAUUAAAGACAGAGGAAGGUUACGAGAAAGACUUGCAAUGUCAAUUCCUUGAAAUGAGGGUGAAGGCUGUGGAGUGCAAGGCCAAACUGGAGGAGUACAAGCGCAAAAUGCAGGGGCUUGAUUUCUUUGCCACUCAAAACGUUCAAGAGGAUUCUGAGAUGGUUUCAAAAGUUGGUGCAAAUGCUGCCACUGAGAUUUCAGCUGUUUCAACUAGAAACUUAAACCUGCAACAAUCGGAUCCAGUUGGGAAUGUAAAUAUUAACAGGAAGUUCCUGCCCAGAGAAGACUUAAGCCCUCCUCAUGCUCUAGUUCCUCCCAACCAGAUAAAGGAGCGACGGCCCACAGGGCCCACCGAGCUGAGGGAGUGGUGGAAACGCUGGUCUGAAGCUCAAAGCCCUCCAACACAGACUAAAAAGAAGGUGAUUCACCGCUCUGAGCUCACUAUAUAUCUGGGUAGCACCAAGGUUUAGAAUCAAAUUAACAAUGUCAUAAAGUCAAUAAAUAUUAUGAAUACAUUGUAUACCAGUUGUGACAAUUUAAUUCCUCAAAAAGCAAGACAGUGAUUCUCCUGGUUUAACUUACAUUGAGUAUUUGUAUCCAAUACUUACUGUUCAUGUGUGUUUGAGAUAGAGCGACAAGCACUGUGUUGCACCCAUUUCCACAUCAGCACAGUCUUCUUUUGGUUUCUUCAAUGAAGUGAGCCCCCCCCUAGAGAUUAAAAAAAGUUCCAUACCAGAAGUGAGCCCCCGUGGUCCUCAGCAAGGGAACAAGGGCAGGGGGAUCAGCUGAAGUCAAAAUUGAAUGCCCUUCACAACAGGUAUUGUUUCUAUAACAAACAUUCCUUCAAAUAAAAAGAAAAUUAAAAAUAAAUAAAUGGUUUAUGCCUUUAAAAAAAAAAAAUACAACCUGCACAUUUUAAAUUAACAGACCAUUAAUUCACAAACUCUACAUUUUAAAUUUAAAUAUCAAAUUACAUCUGAAGGUAAGAUUGCUUGCCAAUGAGCUCCAAGUUUCCAACCCAUGCGACCUUGCAUUGGGGUAAAUUAUGGAAUAUAUUGCACAUGCUAUACCCUUACUGGAAGCGAGGGAAAGUAGUACAGAAUUUGAAAUUCAUUCAAUUUUAGUAAAGUCCAUAAGCACAAGAACUUAUUGUACUGAUUAGACGGAAUUGUGUUUGUCACACUGAAGACUGUGCCGUCUCUGAGGACCAAGCAAAUAAUUAGCCCUAAAGAAAUGCUGGAUUGGAUGAUGCAUUUUACUCUUCUCUGUAACUCAAAUAUACACACACACACACACACACACACACACACAGUAUUCAUUUUAGAGUGGUGGAACUGGACCGAAAGCUUUGACUGAGCUUCUCUGGUGAAUUAGUAAAUUCUGUUAAUUAAUCUGCUAAGAAGCCCUAGUUGUUAAUGCUUCUCUCUGUAGAGCACAACUAUGCAUAUGCACCUUUGUCUUUUGGUAACAGCUUUUGGCUGAUCUUUAAUAAUGCAAAAGACAAAUGAUCAUUUUUAAAUUUAUCCAAUUACCUUUGGAGUGUAACAUUUGUCUAUAUAAUCGAAUUGUUUUCACAGCUACUUUAUAUUUUUUCCCCCCCAGUCUUAAAUAAAGCAAACUUCAGACUUGCAGCCAUUCUCUGAAAUAAAAAGGCAAUUAACAAAACAUGAUUUUCAUAAAAUUUUAAUUCAAUUGUUUCAUUCAAGACCAUUAACAAAAAGUACAUGAGAACCUCUGUACGUGGUUCAACUGAAACCCAGUGAUCUCCAAAGUUGAAAUUAAUUUUGACUGUAACUUAAUGUGCAGAGGCACAACAGCUCACCCACCAUGUCUCCAGAGCACAAUUAUUAAUAUCCUGAUUCUUAAUGCUUUUUUUUUUAAAGUGAAUUUCUAAUACUUUA